AUGCAUGCUUGUGAGCACAAGCACAUGCACUAUCAUGAGCACACACAUGUUCACAACCCUGUGCACACUCAUGAGCACAAGCAUGUGCACUAUCACGAGCACGUGCAUGUUCACAACCCUGCUCACCCUCAUGAGCACAAGCACAUGCACUAUCAUGAGCACACACAUGUUCACAACCCUGUGCACACUCAUGAGCACAAGCACGUGCGCUAUCGCGAGCACACGUGCAUUCACACCCCUGCUCACCCUCGUGAGCACAAGCACGUGCACAAUCACCAGCAUAAGCGCGUUCACAACCCCAUGAACACUUGUGAGCACAAGCAUGUGCACUAUCACGAGCACGUGCACGUUCACAACCCUGCUUACCCUUGUGAGCACAAGCACGUGCACUGUCGUGAGCACAUGCAUGUUCACAACCCUGCUCACCCUCGUGAGCACAAGCACGUGCACUAUCGCGAGCACACGAGUGUUCACACCCCUGCGCACGCUCGUGAGCACAAGCACGUGCGCUACCGCGAGCACACGCGCGUUCGCACCCCCGCUCACCCUCGUGAGCACAAGCAUGUGCACUAUCACCAGCAUAAGCACGUUCACAACCCUGCUUACCCUU